GGGGUGAGAAGGAGAGAAGAGGUGAAGCCAAAGGAGGAGAGCGGGUGACUGAGGGAGGAAGGUCAGGAGACCACAAGAAAACAUGGGUGGACGAGUGGCACAGAGCUGCUGGCUGCUUCUCACACUCUCUCUGAAAGGUAUUCUUGCUGGUGAUUGGUCAGUUCAACUCCCCUCCAGUCCUAUCUGCGCUGUGACUGGUUCCUCUGUGGUUCUCCCUUGUUCCUAUGACUACCCCCAAAGUUCUAAUGAAACCAAGGAAGAGGGACGGCUCUCUCCUCAGGGUGGAGGAGGAGAACAAGAACAACAGUAUAAAGUUUUGUCUGAGAUGUGGUGUCUCGAAGGCAGCCGCUGUGUCACACCAAGCUAUGUCUACCACAGUGCUGGCAUCUUCCCAGAUCCAUCCUACCAGAACAGGGUGAAGUACCUGGGACAGCGAGGAACAAAAAACUGUUCUGUGAGGAUUUCUGAUCUGAGACAGUCGGACAGUGGAGCAUACGUGUUUUACCUCAUCACCAGCCACCCUACGCAGAAGAUGCCAGAGCAGAAUGGUAUACAGCUGCUGGUGACAGACUCUUCCAAUGCAGUCACAGUGUCAGCAAGUCCCUCCAGUUACAUCACUGAGGGCACGGCCUUACGUCUGGCCUGCUGCAGCCCUGCCGCUGGUCCUCAGGCCCGUUUCAGAUGGUACAAGAGCACAAGCACCAGCUCAAGACACACUGGACAGGUGUGGAACAUCGGUGAAGUUACGUCUGAUGACUCUGGCAGCUACUACUGUCAGGUACAGACUGGAGAUAAAGUGCAGAACUCAACAGUGCUGUCCAUAGAUGUGGAGUACUCUCCUCGAAACACAGCUGUCUCAGUCUCUCCUACUGGAGAGCUACAGGACAGGCAUCCUGUGACUUUGACCUGCAGCAGCGAUGCUAACCCACCUGUCCACGCAUACUCCUGGUACCAGGGUGCAUUAUGUCACCCGACAGCAGACAAAAGCUUUCAUCCAGCAAGACAAUCCCUGGCUACACCCACAGGAAGAGGCCCGACACUCAGCAGAGCCAACAUCACCACUGAGGAAUAUGGGCAGCACUGCUGUGUAGCACGCAAUAGACAUGGAUCACAGACUUAUAGUGUAACACUCAGAAGUUCCACAGCAACGGCCCCAUCUGACACUGCAGGAAACAGAUUGCUGUUUAUCGGCGUGACCAUCGGUGUUCUACUGGCUGUUAUAGCCAUAGUGGCCUUUCUCAUGACAAGGAGACGGAAGUCAUCCAGACAUCAGUCGUAUGUCCUCACUGAGACAACUGCUAUAACACCUUAAGGACUCAGCCAGACCAGGACUUCUGCCUGUCCUGGUCGAAGUACAAAACAAAGUACAAACCCCUUACAACCACCAAGAACAGAAGAGACCUUUUUAUUAUAUUCAAGUAACUCAAGAUCGGUAGAGCUCAAUACCCUCGGACACUCUUGUGCAUUUACCUUCACGCCUCAUGUUGCCACAUAAGCCGUUAUAACACAAGCAGACAUCUUAAAAUUAGUAUUGUAUCACAUGCUGUAGCACAUUGUGGCCUGCUUGAGUCCUGAAAUCAUGUACACAGAAGAAAAAACAAUUUCCAAGACUGUUGACAAUGGUGCAGAUUCACAAACAGUGUGAGAACCUGAAGAUCUUAUGAUAAACGUUACUGUACAUUUAAGGAAGCAGGACACAACACUGAAACCCCCUGGAUUUCAAUGCACUGAGCUGAACGAGAAUGAACUGAAUUUUAAAAUCGGCAGAAGUGAAGCGAAGGAAAAACUGUCGGGAUAUCUUUAAUCUGUUGGCUCGUGGCUAUGUGAUCAUUUGUUCUAUUUGUUUCACUGCAAUUGUACUGUGGGAUGAGCUAAAUGCUGCUGUCAGGAAUUAACCAAGCAAUAUUCAAGAAAUAUUUAUCAUAACAUAGAAAAGCUUCUGUUACCGCUUCUCAUUACCGAACUCCUUCUACUUUGUGCUCUAGUCUGUUGAAGUGUUGCAGUGACAGAUGUGAAUUUGAAUACACAUACUGUAUGAAGACCACAGAUGACAUCCGGAGUUGUUGUUAGCACUGAUACUCUUACUGGAGUUUAACAACACGCUACAGAGCGCACCAAGUACUGUAAUAAUAAUAAAAAUAAUAAUAAUAAAACUUAUUAUUACUAUUUAUAGAGCACUUAUCAAAACAAAUUACAAAGUGCUUCACAACAAGAGAAAUAAAAUACCACAGUGAAUGACAAAAUAUUAAGAAAUAAAAUACACAAAAUACACAAAAGCAAUAAAAUGAACAAUAAAAUAAACAGCCAGUUCAGGUAAAAUCAGGAAAUGCUUUUAGAUAAAAAUGUGUUUUGAGAAGAGACUUAAACAAAGACACUGACUCAGACAACCUAAUGUCUUCGGGCAAGUUGUUCCAGAGCCUCGGGGCCCUGAUAGCAAAAGCUCUGUCCCCCUUAGUUUUCAUCCUGGACUCAGUAACAGACAGGAGACCCCUGCCCGAAGAUCUCAAACUCUCAAAAUCUUUUGCAAUGUUUCUGAGGUGAUAAAAACAUGAUUGGACGAGCUUAGUGAUAUGUUGCUCAAAACAUAAAUUGCUAUCAAACAGUAUAAGCCAUGUCCAGAAACAGAAAACACUGAAGCAGCGAUUACUGAAAGCCUGUUAGUGAUGAUGAUGAUCAGCAUGAAGAUGAUGACAGAAAAUAGUCGUAAUGAUCCAAUUAAGAGCUGUUUGCAUUUGGGACUGGGUCGCAGCUGUGUGGUUUUGAGUAAACGCUUCAGUGUGAUAAGGCUCUAACAGAUACUGACCAGAGCCUGAGGAGACGUGGAAGAGGAUGAAAACCAAGAGGACAGUGACUCUGACACCAGGACAUCCAUUUACAAAAUGUACUUGUAUCUCAUUAGUCUAUUUUUAGAACUUUGCUUGUGUCUGAUUUAUCAUAUUAGAGUGAGAAUAGCUGAGUAAAGUGGUGCACACGUCUUCGAUUUUCAAAUGACUAAUUAAGUCAUAACAAGGAAGUACAGUGCUUCAUUUCCCAAACAUUUAAAGAGACAGUUUCACGUAUGUGCACAUCACUUCAAGAGCUGUUUUGUUCGGUUGCCUUCACUGUACAUUUCUAACGUUUAUAUGAUGUUUUAACAAGAAAUAGAGGUAAUUAGUGGUGCACAUAUUGUAAUGCUACUGAUUCCAACAUGCAUAUUAAGCUUCAAAUUUUAACUGUUGUAAGCUACCGCGCACGUCAUCUGGGAUGUUUUAAAUGCGAUGUAUUUAGCAUACCGAUACCAAGAUUUACAAAAUGUGUGAUAUGUUAGAUUUAAUGAAAAGCUUUUUGUACUUCCCAUUUUCCAAGACUUCACUGCUUGAAAAGAAACGUGCCUUGGAAACAAGAGAGUUUAUUGAUAAUCAAGAGGGCAUGAUAAUAUGCCUCACAAAAACAUGUUCUAUAUAGUUAUUACAGCAGCCAGCAUUUAUUCAAGUUUAAAAUGCUAGUUCUUAUGCAUUCAGCAGGUGUGAAAUGUGUAUACAGGUGUCAGUAGUUUUCAUCAGAAGGUACACAAUAAGACUAAUGAAUAGCGAUCACUGAUUACUAUCAUAUUAACCAAAGUUUUGCCAUGCCUGUGUGUGUGAGGCACAUGUGAAACAAAACAACUUAUAAAUGCAUUGAUCCAAUAAAAACUAUACUGUUG